UUUAAAGUGCUAGGAAAAUGGCUAAACUGCUGGCAACCAUCAAGGCAAUCAUAACGCGCAUUAUUUUCAGUGCCCACGGGUUCAUAGCCAUCUGGCAAGUGACGCAAAAUAAAAAGGAUCCCCUGUACUGGUGUCUCUGCGUACCGAUUGGAGUGCUGUUUGUGGAAGGAAUAUUCACGCUGGCGAUUAAGAAAAACCAGGAAUGGCGCUGGUUUUGCCCAUCGGUGUUCAUCUACCUGUCCACCAUUGUACCUGCAAUAUGGCUUCUGGAAUUGGACAAACUGGAAAAACGCACCCUCUUCCAGGACCAGAUGCUGAACGAAACAAUAAAUUUUGCUGCCACGGUCGGCAAAGACCUGAAAGACCUGAACAAAAUGCUCGGUGUAAAAAUCCAGCUCCCGGAAAUUCAACUAAAUGCCGACACAUGGGUAACCCUUAUCGAGCAGUUCCUGAUGCUGGUGCUCAUCAUUGGCCGGUGGAUGCUACCAAAGGGGGACCUGACCCGGGACCAGCUGAGCCAACUGCUGCUGGUCUACAUCGGAACCGCGGCCGACAUAAUUGAGUUUUUCGAUUCUUUCAAAGAUAGCAAAAUUGCAAACGAACCGGUGCUGGUCCUGCUGACGCUGAGCAUUUGGUCCUGGAGUUUGCUGCAGUUUACGAUUGUCCUGUCGGCCACACGUGCCCGGAAACCGCGCGGGGGCGGAAGUGCUGCCGCCCAACGAGACGAGGACACCCAUUGUUGUAACAUGAGCUGCUGUAACAUCGACGUGUGGGGCAUUGCGUUGAACAUUCUGCUGCAGGAUGCCCCGUUUCUCACCUUUCGGCUUCUGAUUAUCAUCCACUACAAAAUUAUAACCUAUAUGAACAUUUUCUUCACAUGUAAAAACACAUUGGUUAUAUUGCUUCAGCUUUAUCGGCUGUACGUGGUUCAUUCGGAAAAUCGGAAGACGGCAUCGAAGAAGAAAAAGCAGCAGCUGCAGGGUAAGAAGCAGUCAUCUGGAGGUGGACCUGGUCGUCAUACGAAGCACCACAAGAAAACCAGCCGAAGAAAAGUUACGGAUUACAGUGACGAUGAAAUACACGAGAUGCGAAAGCUGAAGCAGCGCAAAGCAGCAAGUCUGUCGGCAAAAACACGCAAAGACACCGGCUACUCGACGGCCAGCAGCCAAACGACGGCCGAGCAGAAACAUUUGCGCAAAAAAGCAGCCGGAAAACGUUCGGUGGAGGAGGUGGACGACGAGGUGGCACUGGAGAUGGGAACGGCACGACGGGGCGGUGGAAAGAAAGGAAGCUAUCAGAGAAAGUUAAUGACCAGCAGCCAGGAGCGCGAAGUGGACGGUGACGGUCUGGAGGAGCUGGAAAAUGAACGGAAGCGGUCACGCAAUCGAAAGGAUGGCGGGAGAAGCGGUGAUAGGAAAAAGCAACACUCAAGUGGUCACCGAAACCGUCAUCAUGGGAAAAAGUUAUCCGAAGAUAACGUCUACGAUAGCAAGGAGAACAUUCGCGACCAUGAUGACGACGAUGAUGAUGAUGCCGAUAAUGGCAUAGUUGACAAAGCCGGCGGAAGACAUCACCACCAUGGCGGCGGUAGCGAUGAAAACGAUACUAGCGAAUUCGAAAUCAUUCACGAGAAGAGCCGCGGUGACAAGACCAAGCGGACGAAGCGGCAUCGGCGAGGAUCUGCGUCGAGUGCCGGGUCUACGUCUGGCUCCUAUGAGUAGAUUUGCUGCCAGAACGGCGGUGCCUCGGAAGUUGGAUUUAGAUUUGCCCGGCUGGAAUCGCCGUUUGUAACAACUUGGAACCAAAGAGGACAGUAAUGACGACGAAGAUGAUGAUGGCGACGAUGACUGCUCUUGUGUAGUAAAAAGGACCAUCGAGCGGUAGUAACAGUUUUUUUUUGCUGGCUGGCAGAGGCCGACCAAGGACCGGAAGUAACGUCGGAAAGCAUAUUAUUGCCGUCAAAAGUUGCGUCGAGUAGUAGUCUUUAUUUCGAAUGACGACGACGUCGAAGACGCGACAAGAUGAUGAGUUUUGUGGAUUUGCUUCGGAUGUUUGUUGUGUGCCUAAUAAAUUUGUGGCUCCUUUGAAAGAAACCAAGGAUGGAAUUUGAGGACGCCGCACGGCUGGAUGGCUGGCCGAUGGUUGUGGCUGUACGGUUUUAAUGAACA